AUGAAUAAUCUCAAAAUAAUAAUAUUUUUGCUAAUAUACACUAUUAAUGUUUUAGCUCAACAACCAAGUGCGUCGUCUACUACUUCAACUAGUGCAUUACCACCAUCUUCAACAUCUUUGGCAACUCUGCCGCCAGUAACUACCAUUCCUGACAAUAAACCUACCAUUGCUCAAAAACCUCUUUCUAGUCCAGCAGCACCUACGGCUGCAACUAUGCAAAACCAACCUGAUAUUCUUCCGACUUUCCCGUCUCCAAGUGCUAAAAAUACAAUUACUUAUCAAUCCGUUCAGCAAACUAUUAAAAAUAACGGAUCAAAUUCUCAGACAAACUCGCAAAAUGAAAUUCCUACUUCGCAGAAAACCCAAAGUCCUACUGUCAAAUAUAUCACAUCCACUAUAGCAACUUCCGCGACCAAAUUAAUUACUACCACUUUGGCUAAUUCUUCCGUACAAAUAUUUACGACCGUUGUGCCUUCAUCAAAAGUAGUAGUUAUUCCAACAACUAGUAGUCCAAGUCCAACUAAUAGGCUUUUUUCAAGUGCUAAUUCAUUUCUGCUUAUUGAUGCGAUUUUCGAAAGGAUAAUAAUGACUUCGAUUUUCUCUUUUGGCUUAAGUUUAAUCCUUGUUAGAAUUUCAUUUUAG